GAGGGAAGAGCUGAGCCGCGGGUUUCGGGUUUUUGAGGUCGACUUAAGGCUUUGGCCUCCGCGAGGGCUGAGCAACGGAACGGCGAGCCGUGUGACCUACCCACUCAGACACGCCCCCGGCCUCUGGCCCGCCUCUGCCUUCCCCACAGGUCUGGCCCCGACUCGUUUCUUCUUCCAGUUUCCCGCGGGGAGUAACCAUUGACGACGACCAACCGCAGCCGAGCAUUUUGCCGGCCGGGCCAAUCCGAGGCGCGGGUGGAAGCGGCGGAGGUAGAAGCCCCGCCAGGCAGCCAGCGGGGUGUCCGUUUCUCCCGGAAAGGGUAGGCCGACCCGGCUGGAAGCCCGAGGGGAGCAAAGGAGCCUUGGCGGGGUGCGGAAGUGCGUGGGCCUCUCCGCUCUCAGUGGGGCGUUGGAGGGGCCAGGCUUAUCCUUCAGCGGCCCUCUUCACGUGUCGGGGCCCAGUCUCGGCCGCCAUGGCUCACCGGACCCCUCCGGGCUCUUCAGCCUCACACGCCAGCUGCCUGGACCUGUGGAGGGAAAAGAAUGACCAACUAGUUCAACAGGCCAAGGUUGCUCAGGACUCAGGUCUGUCUCCGAGGCGACAGCAGUUGGCCCAAGAUGCACUGGAAGGGCUCCGGGGACUCCUCCAUAGUCUGCAGGGGCUCCCUGCGGCUGUUUCUGUUCUCCCCUUGGAGCUGACUGUCAUCUGCAAUUUCAUUACCCUGAGGGCAAGCCUGGCCCAGGGUUUCACUGAGGACCUGGCGCAGGAUAUCCAGCAGGGCCUAGAGAGAGUGCUGGAGACCCAGGAGCAGCUGAAGGCCAGGCUGGAACAUGGGCUCAGGGGGCUGUGGGACUCCGUCCUCUAUGUUUCCUCCCUUCUGCCGGAGCUGCUCCCUGCCCUUCACCACCUUGCUGGCCUGCAGGCUGCCCUUUGGCUGAGCACUGACCGUCUUGGGGACCUGACCUUACUGCUGCAGACCCUGAACGUUAGCCAGAGCAGAGCCUCUGAGGAUCUGCUGCUGCUCCUGAAAACUUGGAGGCCCCCAGCUGAGGAGUCAGAUGCUCCGUUGACCCUGCAGGAUGCCCAGAACUUGAGGGGUGUCCUUCUGACAGCAUUUGCUUAUCGCCAAGGUCUCCGGGAGCUGAUCACAGGGAACCUGCCCAGGGCACUGAGCAGCCUGCAUGAAGCGGCCUCAGGUCUGUGCCCACGGCCUGUGUUGGUCCAGGUGUACACAGCCCUGGGGACCUGUCUUCGUAAGAUGGGCAGUCCACAGAGAGCUCUGCUGUACUUGGUUGCAGCCCUGAAAGGGGAAUCAACCUGGGGUCCCCCGCUUCUGGAGGCCUCCAGGCUGUAUCGGCAACUGGAGAACACGGCAGCAGAGAUUGAGUGUCUGGAGCUGCUGGUUGAGGCCUUGAGUGUCGCUCAUAUCCCUGAAGCCCCACAGCUUCUCAUUGAGGUAGAGUUACUACUCCCACGACCUGACCCAGCCUCACCCCUUCACUGUGGCACACAGAGUCAGGCCAAGUACCUGCUGGCAAGCCGAUGCCUACAGAUGGGAAGGGCAGAGAAUGCUGCAGAACAUUACCUGGACCUGCUGGCCCUGUUGCUGGAUGGCUCGGAGCCAAAGUUCUCCCCACCCCCAUGCCCCCCAGGGCCCUGUGUGCCUGAGGUGUUCUUGGAGGCAGCAGCAGCGCUGAUUCAGGCAGGCCGAGCCCAAGAUGCUUUGACCGUGUGUGAGGAGCUGCUUAGCCGCAUGUCAUCCCUGCAUCCCAAGAGGCCCCGGCUGUGGGAAGAUGCCAGAAGAGGGACCAAAGAGUUACCACACUGCUCACCCUGGGUCUCUGCCACCUAUCUGCUUCAGGGCCACGCUUGGGUGCAACUGGGGGCCCAAAAGGAGGCAAUUAGUGAAUUUAGCCGGUGCCUUGAGCUGCUCUUCCAGGCCACACCCAUGGGUAAAGAACAAGGUAAUCAAGACGCUUCCUUUCACCUGCUUCAGACUCUGAGGAGGCUGGAUCGGAGGGAUGAGGCCACUGCUCUCUGGCGGAGGCUGGAGGCCCAAACUGAGUUGCCACAGGAGAAUGCUGCAUGGUCUCUCCCCCUGUACCUAGAAACCUGUUUGGGCUGGAUCCAUCCCCCUGACCGUGAAACCCUUCUUGAGGAAUUUCGGACGUCUCUGCUGGAGACUUGUGACCUGUAGCUGCCAGCGUUUCAAAGAACCUGAGCUGGGGCCUCGGGGCCAUCUGUGGGGAGGGCUUUCUGCUAUACCGUCCUUGAGGAACAUGGCUGGAGCUGACCAUUCCAAUAUAAGUCUGGCAUUGGAGAGGCUGGUGGUAGUUCUUCAAAAUUUGGUCUGGUUAUUGCUGUCUGGUUUCAGAAGAAGCCCCCCUUCCACCAACAAGGCAUUGACUUUGCUCAUAGCACCUUUUUUCCUGUUUCUUUUUUCAUGUGUUGAGUAAAAUUUC